AUGUCGCCACGGUCGCCGGCGUCGCCCAGGUCGCCCAUGUCGGAGGUGCGCGACGGUCUGCGACACGGGCUGGAUCUGGUGCAGGCGCUGCGCGAGGUUACCGAAGGCGGUGCGAAAUUCGCGAACGCGAGCAACAAGAAGCAAAAGUCGAAGUCGGGGCCGCUGAGCGUGAACCAUCCGUACAUGGAGGUGGUGGAUCUACAGCGCAAGCAUAAGUAUAAAGCGCAAUCCGGCCCGUUAUUUGACAACGGAGAUACCUAUGACGCGGAUGGGGGAGGCUCCGGAACCUGCAGCCCCUACAGCUCCCGCCGCCCCGCGUCCUCCUCCCCCCCGAGGCAUGUGCGCAAAAUGAUCCUCCCCCACCGCUCCGCCACUCCGCCCAUGUUCUUCCGCGAGGCCCCGCAACCCCCCCAUUCUGGGGGAGGAUUCAUCCUCGGUAGAAGCGCCCCGUUAAACCCAGAAGCGCUUGACCUCUGGGAAGGGGGAGAACCCCCACCAGCGGUAUUUACCUCGAUGUCUGGGCCGUUAAGGCUGCAGGGUAAUUACUCGGGAUAUAAACCGACGUCGGGGCCUCUACCCACCACGACAUCUCUAAUGAAGCUCGAUUCUUUAGACACUCCGCCGACUCUUCCCCCUCCGCCGUCUCUCCGCGCAAUGCGGCGGGGAGGCGUGGCGGGGAGCGGGCUGUUCUCGCACUCGAUUGUUAGCGGGAGUGCUUAUAGCGGGGCUGCAUUAAGCGGGGGGGCGUUUAGCGCGGGAGCGGGGAGCAUGCAGGAGGCGAACAGCUCUAGCGGCUGCCACGUGGGAUCCACGGGCGAUGACGUGUCAUCCAGUAUGACAGGCUCGGGGAUGACAGGCUCGGGAAUAACAGGUUCGGGAAGGAUGCUUCGGCGGCAGGUAUCUGGCGGCCGGCAAGGGCCAGGCGUGCAACACGGGCUCGGCGGACGAACAGGGGGAAGCGGAGCUAUGGGCGGAAGUGUAGGUACGUGGGGGAGCGGAGGGACCGGGGGAAGCGGAGGCAUGGGGGGGAGUGAAGAGACGGGGGGAAGCGGAGGUAUAGACGCAUCUAGAGGGGCCGUGGCGGGCGAGUUUGGCAGCUUCGGCGGCGGGUUUGGGGCGGGCGGAUUUGGCAGCUUCUCCAGCCUGGCGUCUCAAGGGUCAGUGAAGGCCCAAGGCAGCUUCAGCGGCGUUCAUGGUGCAACUACCUCCUCGGGCCUAAGAGGAAUGCCUAAGAGCCUGCAGCGCGGGGGAAGCGGGGGGAGCGUGCAGGACGAGGGCGGGGGGGAGGCGGAAGGGACGGGGGGUGAGGCAAUGGGAUUGGCAGGAGGGUAUCACGGAGGGGAGACGGCGGAGGGGGAAGGAUUUGUGGUGGGAGCGGGCUUAGAGGCGGUAAAUGACGUGGCACUUUUUCUGCCAGAGGGGCGAACCUUCGAGGAAAUGCUGAUGGAGGAGAAAGACACGGGGCAAGGAAAUGUUGCUGCUGCUGGUGAAAACGAGGGCUUCGAGACGAGCCAUAUGCUGAUGGACGCAGCAGGCGCAUUGGAUGUCUUCCCCUUGCCAAUGCCUGAAGGGUUUGACACUAUGGGGUGGGAUGACGCGGCUCAAAAGCCGUUGCCAAUUCCUGAGGGGUUUGACACGAUGGGAUGGGAUGAGAUGGAGGUCUCAGAAAAUGGGGCCAUUGCGGAAAAUAGAGGAAUUGCGGAAAGCGAGGGGUUGGCGGAAGGAAAUGCGGCGUGGGGGGAUGAGUCUCUGGCGGUGCGCGGAAGGGGGGGUGAUGUGCAGCAGCAGCAGCAGCAGCAGCAGCAGCAGCAGCAGCAGCAGCAGCAGCAGCAGCAGCAGCAGCAGCAGCAGCAGCAGCAGCAGCAGCAGCAGCAGCAGCAGCAGCAGCAGCAGCAGCAUCAGAUGAGCCCUCAGCAGCAACAGCAGCAGCAUCAGAUGAGUCCGCAGCAGCAGUGGAAUCAGCAGGAACCGGCACCACCUCCACCUCAGAAUGGCUGGCCACAUCAGCAACCCGCCGCCCGGCAGCAGGCAUUCCAGCAACAACUGGCACAGGCACAGCAGCCUUCAUCAGCAGCAAACCCCCACCACCCAGCUGUCUAUACAUGCCCCAGUGACAACCAACAAAAGACAGCAGAUGCCGGCCAGCCGCCAGUCAGCCCGGUCAACCAGGUCAACCCAGUCAACUCGGUUAGUGUGAACCAGCAGCUACAACUGCAGACACAGCGAAACUAUCAGCAGCAGCAACAGCAGCAGCAGCACGGUCUAAGCAUCAUCCCAGGAGUGGUAAAUGUUGACACGGCAGCAGCCACAGUGGAGGGCUUAGCACAACCGUUCUCCCCCCCUUCGGACGUCCCUCCCUUCAGUGCAUUCGAUGGUGCUCUCUCCAACCCAGCGACAGCAGAGAGAGGAUACAGAGCGGGACCAACAGCAUCCACAGGAGUCGCUCUAGUGGAUACCAGCAAUGCUGGUGGUGUUGGUGGUAGGGGCAUGGGCGCUGGCGUUGGAAUUGGGAGCGUGGCAACAGGAGCAGCUGCAGGGAGCCCUUUGCAUCGAGCGAGGGGUGUUGGGCGGAGGUCAAUUGGAGGGGGUAUCGGUGGGGGUAUAGGAGGAGCGAUAAGAGGAGGAAUAGGAGGGAGAGACAGUGGCAUCGAAGGUGGUGGUGCUGUCACUGUCAUAGCUCCUGCUGCUGUAGGUGUGGUGGCUAACGCAGCAGCAGCACCCAUGGCUGCAAUGCAGUAUGCCUGA